GUCGGGUCACAGACAGGUGCUGGUGAGAAACACUUAAUUUGCGUGACUCUUUAGUAUUUGUAAACAAAGUAUUUGCGACUAAAACAGGUAAACAUACAUUAGACUUUUGGUUGUGAACCCUACAUAAGUUAACGCUACAUUAGUUAACGUUAAGUCUAGUUAAACUAAAGGAGCCGUACUUGGCUAGCUUAGCUUUUAGCUUGGCGUCCACCCUCCUGUUUAAAGCCCAGACAGGCUCUGGACCAUGGACGGGGUUCCGGGAGGUCAGAGUGCUGCUGUCUUACAGCAGGUCAACCAGUUUUGGUCUAUUUUGGACGAAAUGUCACUGAAUGAUCCCGGAGCUUAUAAAACGUUUAUCGACCGCCAGCUGAGUGAGGGAGCUGAGUAUUUCUCACCGCCUGAGCCGCACUGCUGCCUCCGCACAUCUGUACAGAAGCCAGAAGAAGGAAUACUGUAUGUGAACAUGUGUGGAUGGAAACGAGUGCCAGCACCCACUUCUUCUACACAGCCUGUUCCUGUGUGUGGUGGAAGACUGGAAACGGUUGCUGAAGAGAAUGAAAAUUACUCUAUAGUGGAUGUGGCCGUCAACCCUGCGGUUCUUCAGAGGGCAGAGGGAGACACACAGGAGAAGGAGCAGAUACACCUACUGGCUCUGAGCUUCAUUCAGCAGCAGCACAACCUGAAUCUGUCUCAACACUUCACUGUCACUAAAGCCAAACUAAAGGGCAGCGUACAGGAUGUGAAGCGUCGGUUUAUGGCACCACCUCAGUCCAAAUUCAGCAGCCCUAACCCACAAACAGAGUCUGCCGCCUCACUUAUUCAGCAGAUCUCUUCACUGCGAAUGGAAGAGACUAAAGAAGACUCGACCAUUCAUCUGAGUGUGGGGCAGGAGGAAGGCAGAGCACGGCCAGGCCUGAUUGAGGUGAUCUCCAGCACAGAGUCAGCCCAGCCGCAGCUGCCCAAGCACCAGGUCACGGUGUGCGCAGAGAGAGGCGGUUCAAGCAGGAGCUUAAAGCUGCGUGUGGAGCUGCCUGGAGUACACUCCGUCUCCCAGUGCCAACUCAGCAUCACCCAGGAUGACGUUCUGCUGGAGGUGGAGGAACUGUAUCAUCUCCAUCUUCGGUUUCCUGAGCGUGUCAAUGACGAGACUUGUCAUGCAUCAUACAACAAAAAGAAACAUGUGUUGACUGUUACAGCAUCUGUACUGUAAACUCAACAAGAAGAUUCUCAAAACCCCCUUCAACUGCAUGUACUCCUCUUCAGCUCCAUGGUAACCUCACUGUGCAUAUCAUCAAGAGUGUCUCCUGACGUGUUACUUGAGCUAAGAAUGUACUAUAUAGAAAAACCGAAUUACGUUACAGUUUUUGUAACAUUAUACAAACUGAACAUUGCAUUUUGCACAUUGUCAGACAUGGUUUUUAGUAGACAAAUGAACAAAAACAUAAAACUUGGUGGACUCAAGUUGUUCAUGGAACACAUUUACUAAAAAAGUGAACAAAUACUGGAUGCAUUUGAUUUCAACACUGAACAGACAUGCAGACUGCACAGAAAAGAGCAAUAUUUUCAAAAAGCACAUUUUUAUAUUCAAAUAAUACAAAUUUUACAAAUAAGGUGGUCCCAUCUCUCCCAGCUUCUGGUUUCAAAUGACAGCCAACAAGUCUGUCUAUGGAAUCACUUGCAACAGUUUUAAAUGAAUAUUCUAUUACCAUGAAUAGAGUCGACAAGAUAAUCCAGCAAGACAUUGUGAACUGUGACCUGAAACACACAUGGCAACAUUCUAUGUUCAUUACAAGUCGUUUGGCAACUAAUAAACUCCUUCCUUGAUUUUC